GUGCGAAUGCGAGUGUGAAUAUAGAUACAAACGUGGAUGCGAAUGCAGUAACUGAUGUGUAUAAUCGUGCGAAUGUAGGUGCGAAUGCGGGUGUGAAUAUGGAUGCGAAUGCGGGUGUGAAUAUGGAUGCAAACGCGGAUAUGAAUGCAGUAACUGAUGU